AUGUAUAACUCGAGUACUCUAGCUGUUCGCGAGGAUCGAAUGAGAGGAGGGAGAAAUAAGUUUGGCUCCUACUACAAAAGGGAUCGAGCCCAACGAAUGCAGCGAAGUUCUUUAAAGGAUGGUGCAAUCGCAGAUUUGGCCGGUAUGGAACAAACCGUUACUAGUAGACCUGGUAUGAUGAGCUUAUUACUCAAACAGGAUACAUUUAGUUUCCAAAUCCAGAAGAUACAGUUUUUUCAGCACCGAGCCGGUGUACCUCCCGUGCCGGCCCCUAGACCACCACCAAUCACUCAGGAGAAUGAGGGCUUAGCUGGACUUCUCGGCUGUUCCAUAGACUUCCCAAACUACCGUAUCAAGCCGGAGCCAUUUGAGCCAACCACAACAUCUGAGUUCCAACAGCGGCUACCGUAUCAUGCUCAUCCAAUUGACGACGGAACGUUUCGUGACAGUCGUAUACUACCUGUAUGCUCAACACCAUCCGAAAAGCACGUGGGCAGUGAAUUCGAACGUUCAUCGUCGACACUUUCGAUCAUGCAUGACUCGCUGCCGGACGAUUCAAGGGUUGGGAUGCCGCAUGAGAUAGAUGAAGAAUAA